CCCUCCCCUUUUAUACGUCAGCGCAGGCGCGACGGCCGCCCCGCCGUCCAUGCUCUGCCUGUGCCGUUGGGCUGUCGGAGCCAGGGUCGGCGCCGAGGCAGCGGCGGCCAGGCUCAUUUCUGGCCCGGGGAUGCCCAAGAAGGGAAAAGGCCAGACUAAGGAGCCAGUGAAACCACUUCCUCCCACUGGACCUGUGGCAGUUGAUCAAAAUGGUUCUAUCACAAUAGCCAUUCAUGCCAAACCUGGCUCCAAACAAAAUGCCAUAACAGAUGUGACAACAGAAAAUGUAAGUGUAGCUAUUGCUGCACCUCCAUCAGAAGGAGAAGCUAAUGCAGAACUAUGUCGGUAUCUUUCCAAGGUCCUGGAACUUAGGAAGAGUGAUGUUAUCUUAGAUAAGGGUGGUAAAUCUCGUGAAAAAGUGGUAAAGAUUUUGGCAUCCAUAACUCCAGAAGAGAUUUUGGAAAAAUUGAAAAGGCAAGCAGAAGUCCCCUAAAACAAAGAAGCAAAACCCAGAAAUGAACUUUAUAUUUAGUUGAGCUUUCUUUUAAACCUUAAAAAUUUGUAAGGAGAAGAUCCUAGACAAUGCUUGGAUUACAGUGCUUUGAAGAAAAAUGGUCGGUGAAAAUAUUCUUCAUGGAAUGUUGAAAAAGUCAAAAUACCACACAAAUGGUAAGGCAAAGUAUGCAACAGCAAAACUUGAGUUACUACUAGAAAUACUCAAACCAAGUCAUUAUGGUCCAAUUCUUAAAAUUUAGAACUGGUUUGUUAAUACUACAUGCCUCUCUUAAAGCAUAUUUUAUAACUGUUACUUAAAAGGGACUUUAGAGAUUAAUUAUUUUACCCAUCUUAUUUUACAAAUGACCAAACUGUUUCAGAGAGGCUGAGAGCUUGCUCAAAGUCACACAGAUAAUCAAUAUCACUGAGCCUAUAGCUUCCUUCUCUUCACUCCAGUAACAGUGUCCAAUAUAUGCCAUACUAUUGCUUUACCUCUUAUUUACAAGUAUUAAGAGACAGAAAUGUAGAGAAGCAGCUUGGCAGAGUGAAUAGAGCUUUAGACUUAAAGGACAGUCAGUUCUCUGAGCUUCAGGAAAGUCUCUAGGGCCCUAAAAUUAUAGAAGAAUUUACAAAUUCUUGACUUAUUUCUGUAAAGAAAAUGUGAAAUUGUUGAAUUGCAAUUGGAUAAUAACACUUAAAAUAUAUUUUAAAGA